AUGGGGAAAGCAAAAUCAGAGAGGCAUGUCAUCGCUGAAAGAGAUCCUAACGCGGCGACCAUCCGGCUGACGGUGCCUGCAGGAGGAGCACGACCCGCACCGCUUGUAGGCCCAGCCCUCGGACAGUACCGGCUCAAUCUAAUGGCCUUCUGCAAGGACUUCAACGCCCGAACCCAAAAGUACAAGCCCGACACCCCCAUGGCAGUCACGAUCACCGCCUUCAAAGACAACACCUUUGAGUUCACCGUCAAGUCUCCUUCCGUCACGUGGUACCCGAAGAAGACGGCGGGUAUCGAGUCCGGAAGCAGCAGGCCAGGCCACGUUAUCGCCACCACAUUGUCCGUCAGACACAUUUACGAGAUUGCCAAGAUUAAGCAGUCCGAUCCCUAUUGUCAAUACAUGUCCCUGGAGAGUAUUUCUAAGUCCAUUAUUUGCACUGCUAAUACUAUGGGGAUUAAAGUGGUAAAGGACUUGGAUUAGAUUCUUCAUUUCCUUUUCAAUCCAAAAACCUGAAAUGUUCUUGCUCUUCUUUGGGUUUGGUGCAUCUUAGCUGUUCGACGUAUUGUCUGCGUGAAAUCCUUGACAUGUUGGUUUAGAUGAUUUCUGCAAAUUUCAAACAUUAUUUCAA